GGUUUUACUACCAUUCACCCCGACAGCUUUUUGGCGUCUCGUGUGGUUAAGGAGAGUUUUGUCAGAGGAGAAAGACAUUACAUGUUGUUGUUGAUGCUGCUGCACGGAUCACCAGCAUUAGGCCCUUGGUGCAAUUGUUUGCAGGGGAUUUGAAGGACUUAACUGGAAGUAACAAGUGCCUAGAGAAGAUAUUGUUGGUCUACUUAUGGUCUACACAGACGUUACGUCCGAAGUCUUGUAACACUUAAGAGACGACAAUGAAAGUGAGUUCUGCUGCUGUGGAAGGGAAACCUCCAUCUGCACUGCAAGGGUCUUUGGAGCCCCUAACUCAUUGCAUAUGCCUCCUUCAGUGUAUGUGAAGUACAGCUAUAGCUUUCAAUAAUAGUUUGCAGCUGUCUUGUCUCGGUCGGUAGCCUUUCGACAAGGAAUAGCGACAGUGAUCCCAAAGGCUCGGAUGCAUUUGCCAAUGGAUACCCUUGGAAUAGUGGACGAUAGUGGACACGGCAUAGGGGACAACUAUGACAUGGCGAAAGGUGCCGGAUCGAGCUCUGGAGGAAGGGUCCACAGCAUCGAUGUCAUUCUGGGAUUCGCUAAAGACCAGGAGCCUUUGCUCCAUUCGGUGGGAGGUGGAGACAGUCCGAAGGAGCCCGGAGCAAACGCACAGGAUCCUGAUAAGCAGGUCCAAAUGGACCCAUACGGGCACCUACCAGAACUGGGUGACAGCUCCCAGCACGCUGCUUACCAUGAGUCGGACCUGUUCUCCAACAACAAGUGCGACGGAGAAAUGGGCAACCUGCACAAGGAAGUGGACAUUGCUGAGGACUCUCCAGAGUCGACUAAAGAGGAGGAGCAUGCCAAAAAGAAGCACAGACGAAAUCGUACCACCUUCACCACGUAUCAGCUUCAUGAGCUGGAGCGAGCCUUCGAGAAGUCUCACUACCCAGACGUCUACAGUCGGGAGGAGCUGGCGAUGAAGGUCAAUUUGCCCGAGGUCCGAGUUCAGGUGUGGUUCCAGAACCGAAGAGCUAAGUGGAGACGUCAAGAAAAGAUGGACACCAGCACCAUGAAGCUGCACGACUCUCCGAUGCUCUCUUUCAACCGGCCGCCCAUGCCGCCCAACGUUGGCCCCGUGGCCAACCCGAUGCCCCUCGACCCCUGGCUGAGCUCGCCCAUCUCCAGUGCCACGCCCAUGCACAGUAUCCCAGGGUUCAUGGGCUCGCCACAGGCCCUUCAGCCCAGCUACUCCAGCCACAGCUUCCUCAACAGCUCGCCCGGUAUGGUCCAGGGCAUGCAGGCCAUGGGCCCGCCUCCCUAUCAGUGUCCACCGAGCUUCAACGAUAAGUACCCGAUAGAGGACGACAGGAGCUCCAGCAUCGCGGCGCUCAGGAUGAAAGCUAAAGAGCACAUUCAGUCAAUGGAUAAAACCUGGCAGCACAUGUGAUGUCGCUGCCCAAACGUGAAUGGAUCUCCCGCUUGUGAAUGUUUACAGACUGCUUUUUGAUUCAUAUACCGUCGAAGGUGAUGCGUGGAACCAAAGAUGUAUAGACUGAACUCUCCAAGUGAGCUUUUUUGUGACUUUUCAACGUCUUUCUCAAAUACAACCAAUUCUUAGGAGAUGGGUAAAUCUUCCUGGGCUCCUUUACUUUGGUUUAGCUCCUCCCAGUGUUUAAACAUAGACUCUUUUUCCUGCCAUAAAUGUGUAUGUCUUUAUUUUAGACUGUAUUUGCAUCUGGAUAUAUGAACUAAAGAGAGGCUGCAUAGAGCCAUCCAUCAGAGGUAGCUACGUUUUUUUAUUAACUGAUCUUAUUGACAGAUGUGAACAAGUUUAUAUAUGUUUGAUGUCUUAACUGAGUGGCUUUCUUGGUGUUUGUUAAAAACAUAGUAGGUUUAUAGAUCUUGCUACGGCGGCCUGAAAAGGUCUUGCGAGGAACCUGAUGUACUAAUAAUGUCUUCUUGAGGAUUUACGCUGGUUAAAUUCUGUGUGUUAGGUUUUGUAAGGCUGUGGAGAUCUCACCGUAUUGGAACGCUGUAACUUUUCAGAGGUUUUUGUUUCUUUAGAUUUGGCAAGACAAUAACGUCCCAUGUUUUUCAAAAGCAUGCUGUGAAAAAAAAGGCGUGCCCCUUACAGAUUUCUUCUGUUUUGAGCAAAUACAACAUUUAGUUUUCAGAUGAUGAUUUAAUUUUUUUAUAGUAAACAUGCUAUUUUUGGGCCUAAAUGAAAACAUAUGUGCCCCCAAGACCUAAUCACUGGUUGUGCCACCGUUGGCUGCAAUGAGUGCCAUCACGCCUUUCACAAUAACUGGGCCACUGUUCAAGCUCCUGCCACAACCUCUCAACUAGAUUUAGGUCUGGAGUUUAUAUGAGCCACUCCAAAACCUCCAUCUUGUUCUUUUGAUCCAUUUCAACGUGGACCUGCUGAUGUGCUUCCUGCUAUAUCCAAAUCACACGUAUCUGAUUUGCUUCCAUCUGCAGCCAGGUGUGCUUGAGCUUAACACCAUUACUACGACUAGUGAUAAUAAUAAUAAUAAUAAUAAUAAUAAUAAUAAUAUAUUUUCAUCAUAAUUAUCAUUAUUAUUAAUUUAUUACACACUUUACAUUUUCAGAUAAAAUCUAAAAGUGCUUCGAAAGCAUAAAAAGACUUGAUUAAAAGCAUAGAAACAUACAUUUUGCCAAUGAAAUCAAAUCUAAAUUAUGUCUAAAAAUGUUUUUUUAAUGUUUCUAUUUAAAAAGAAUUCAGGAAGAGCGAUCCACAGUUUUGGGACAGUAGCGUAAAAUGAGUGGGUCUGAGAGCGUGGACCUCAGGGAACCAGUUGAGGUUUGUGGGAAGAGAUAUUCUUAUAGAUAAGGGGGACCAUUUUCAUGGAUGCUCUGAUGAUAAAGAAGACGGAGAGUGUAAUAUAAAAGUUUGUAGCUCGUGUUGAACUUUGCUGUCUAAGGUCUCAUGGCGUUGUUGAACUUGUUGUCUUUAUUUGAUCAUGCUCACGGACUCUUGUCUGCCACUCUAAGUCCUGCAGCCGCAACAGAAGAAAUAAACAACAAGUCGCUUUUUACAGAUACUUCCUGACAUAAUGGGUCUGGUAUAUAUUUUGCAUUUCCCCCGUCUUUGGGUAUGAAAAGAUUGUCCCUUCUCUGUAAGUCAGAGCAACAUUCUGACACUCUGACAGACUUUGCUCUCAUCUUGUUCAAGAUUCCUUAAUAAACAUGAGUGAGUAAUUUUUACCAUAA